AUGAAAAUAGACGUAGAGGAAAGAAACAAAUUUGUUUGGGAGAAGAAGCUUUGUUUCGCGUGUUUGGAACCAAUUACCAGCAAUCACCAAGCAAGAAAUUGCGAAAACAAAUUGUCUUGCAAGACGUGCAAAAAGAGGCACCCAACCAUUUUGCAUGGUUUCAUCCGACCAAAGAGGACCAACAAGAACGACAAGGAAAAUAAUGAUAAAAAGGAAGAUGAGGAGCCUGAAAUCUCAAAUGCAUUUGCAAGAACGAAGAAAUCUGUUUGUUGCAAGACAGAUAACAGCGUAGAAAUCAUCAGCAUGUCUGUAGUGCCUGUGGUGUUGUCGCAUCCAAAGUCUGCUGAGUCAAUCACCACCUAUGCUAUGUUGGAUAAUUGCAGUCAGGGUACGUUCAUAACCGAUGAAAUCGUUCAUCGCUUGAAUUUAACCGGUAUUUUGUCGACGAUCGUCGUGAAGACUCUCACAAGCGAGAGUCGUGAAGAUUCUUGUCUAAUAACCGGCUUGAUGGUAGAGCCCAUUACACGAGAUUUCAAAGUAACAAUACAGAGUUGUUACAGUAGAAGACAUCUUCCAAUAGAUCCCAUGGAAAUACCUACUCCCGAGAAAGUUGCUGAAUGGCCUCAUUUGCGACAUAUAAAGCAUUCCUUUCACAAAUACGAUCCUGGAAUACCGAUUGGUUUGCUUAUUGGAGCCAAUUGCCCACAAGCGCUAGAACCGAUAAAGGUAAUUCCAUCCGAUGGAAAUGGACCAUAUGGGUUAAAAACAAGGUUGGGAUGGAGUCUUGUCGGACCUGUGCUUCGUCGCAAAGGGGAGAAGCAGAAAAUUCGAUGCAACAGAAUUGCUGUGAAAGAUUCAUCCACUGACAAAGUUGCUGCACUUCACCUAAUUCAACAAGAUGAAUUACGGGAUGUAACAAUUGAGGGGAUGCUGAAAAGAAUGUACGAUGCUGAUUUUUCAGAAAUGAACGCAUUCAAGAAUAUUAAAAGUGAUUACGUAUCCAUUCACGACCAAAAAUUUUUAUCACUAAUAAAAAAGGAAGUAAAAUUUGUAAAUGAAAAAUAUCAACUCCCGCUGCCUUUAAUAAACCAACUUCCAUUUCCAAAUAAUAAAUGUCAGGCCUUGGCAAGGCUGAAAUGGAUCAAGAAGAAGCUUGAAAGUAAUUCGAUCUUCAGAGAGGAUUACCUCACGUUCAUGAACAACCUGACGACCCAAGGUUUCGCGGAGAUGGUUCCAGAGCAGGAAGUUGAAGGGGAACCUGGUCAUGUGUGGUAUAUUCCCCACCAUGGAGUUUAUCAUCCGCGUAAGCCUGGGAAGAUCAGAGUAGUAUUUGAUUGUACUGCUACAUACAAAGGCGUCUCCCUGAACGGACGACUCAUGCAAGGCCCAGAUAUGACAAAUCUGCUAGUUGGAAAUCUGUGUAGAUUCCGGUUGGAACCAGUAGCGUUUAUAGCGGAUAUCGAGUCCAUGUUCUAUCAGGUUAAGGUGCCGCCGAAUCAACGGGAUUAUUUGCGAUACCUUUGGUGGCCUGAUGGGGAUACCUCUAAAGAUUUGGUAGAUCAUCGCAUGACUGUCCAUAUAUUCGGUGGAAAUUCCUCCCCAAGUUGUUCCAACUAUGCCCUGAAAAGAAGUGGAACAGACAACGAAAGUGAAUUUGGUGAGGAGGCUGUGAAAGUUAUUAUGACGGAUUUUUAUGUCGACGAUCUUUUGAAAUCCGUGAAAAGUAUCGAAGAAGCCAUCAAAAUCAUCAAAUCAACGAUACAAAUUUGCAGCAAAGGUGGCUUCCGCCUCACAAAGUUCAUAUCAAAUAGCAGAGAGGUUAUCAAUUCCAUUCCUACUGAAGAACGCGCAAAGAACAAAAAGUCCCUGGGAUUUAAAAACGAAUCGCUGCCGAUCGAAAGGGCCCUCGGUGUUCAUUGGUCGAUAGAGGACGACAAACUAGGUUUUCGCAUAACCAUGCAAGACAAACCUCUGUCGAAGAGAGGGGUGUUGGCUACCAUAAGCUCAAUUUAUGACCCGCUUGGAUUAGCAGCGCCGUUCUUGUUGAAGGGUAGAAAAAUUAUGCAAAAUCUUUGCAAAGAAAAAACAUCAUGGGACGAAGAGAUCUCUGAACCUCUUCGAAGCGCUUGGGAAAGAUGGCGAUUAGAUAUCGUCCUUCUUGAAAAACUGGAAGUUAACCGAUGCGUCAAGCCACUUCAUUUCAAAGAGAUCGAGUCAACGUCCCUCCAUCAUUUUUCAGACGCAUCCAAUGAAGGUUACGGAACUGCUACGUAUCUUCGCAUCAGAGAUGUAGAAGGAAACGUCAACUGCUGCUUACUCCUUGGAAAAUCGAGAGUAGCUCCAAUAAAGAUGGUUUCAAUACCAAGGUUGAAGUUGACAGCAGCAACUGUGGCCGUAAAAGUCGGAGUAAUGUUGAAGCAAGAAAUGCCUGUCGUAGACUACGAAUGUUAUUGGACAGACAGCAACGUAGUACUGGGUUAUAUUAAUAACGAAUCAAGACGUUUUCAUAUUUUUGUGGCAAAUAGAAUUCAACAAAUUCAAGAAAAUACUUCGUUGGAUCAAUGGAAUCGCGUUCCUUCCCAUGAAAACCCAGCCGAUGAUGCCUCGAGAGGCAUAAGUUUGAAACAUGUAGAGAAGAGUAGUAGAUGGUUCAAGGGACCUCAGUUUCUCUGGGAAGAAAGGAAAGCAUGGCCAGCUGCCUACGAUCCAGCGAAAAACAGUGUCACUGAUGAUCCCGAAUUUAAACGUAGCGUUUCAGUAUUUGUUUCAGCAACUGAUUCUGGAAUCUUAUAUCUUCAACGAGCCGAAAAAUGUUUAAUAAAAUUAGUACAACAACAACACUUUGCCUCUGAAAUUAAAGCUCUUGCUUCAAAGGAAUGGAGACAAGAUCGACGAAACGACAAAAUUAAGAAGUCUGCUUUGAAAGAAUGCAGCAAAUUAUACAAAUUGAGUUCUUUCAUUGACGAUGAUGGAAUUCUCAGAGUUGGUGGAAGAUUGUGCAACAUGGAUGAAGCGUAUCAAUUCAAAUAUCCUGCUAUUCUUCCCAAAGAAAGUUGGUUUUCCGAACUUGUGCUCCGAUGGUGCCACGAAAACACUCACCAUUCGGGGAGAGGAAUAACAUUGCAAGAAAUUCGGCAACGUGGAUAUUGGAUCAUAUACAUUCAACUCAGCAGUACGACAGUUGAUUCAUCAUUGUGUACGAUGUAG